AUGAAACAACCAUCGGGUGGAGAAAAUGGUGGCGAUCGCAACUCCACGGCCAGCAAAGCGAACCGACCCAGCUCACUGCUAACGAACGAGGAAAAUGAUCAGCUGUUUCGGUUGCUUGGGCGUCGAUGUCAGACGCUUAGCACGGCCGUGGUGCAGCUGUACACGACCCAAUCACCGGCACACGCAUCCUGGGUGAAACGAUGCACCGGUGCACUUUGCUUCAUCAAGGACAACAUCCGCAAAUCGUACUACUUUCGGCUGUACUGUUUGAAGGCGAACCAGAUGGUAUGGGAGCAGGAGCUGUACGAGAAAAUCGAAGUAACGCUGCCGAAACCGUACCUGAUUACGUUCGAAGGACAGGAUGGUAUUGUUGCAUUUAACUUCGCCACCGAAGAUGAAGCGGCUGCCAUCAUGAACACUACGCUUACCACCAUUCACAAUCGCAACCGGCGCCGAGAUGAACGUAUCAAACGCAACAACACGCGUAAGGAUCCCCCACCGGCAAGGCCUCCACCAUUGCAAAACAUCCCGGUCGGUGCGACUGGUUCGAACAUUCCCGACUCGGAUGCGUCUGUUACCUAUCGGAACAAGCAGCCCUUUGCGAGUCCAUUUUCGGGCCCAGCAGCAGGACCGCCAAUGCAGCAGUACCCGGGACAGCAGCCGGUCGCACCGAACCUUGGCAAUGCGAUGCAGCACCAGAAGCCGCGUAAGGUGAAGGGUAUGGGCAAGCUGCAGAAGUCCGACAUUGGUUCACCGUCGAACUUUAAGCACGUGACGCACGUCGGUUGGGAUCCUCACAGUGGGUUUGAUUUGAUUGGCGCACAGGAAUCGUUGAAACCGUUCCUCGAGAAAGCGGGCGUACGGGACCAGCAUUUGAAAGAUCGCGAUACGUGUGCGUUCAUAUACGACUUCAUCCAAACGAACAACGUGCUCGAUACGGUCAAGUCGGAGCAAAGCAGCGGCCGCAAGCAGAAACCUCCGGCGCCACCGCCCGUACCGGUUCGUACCCAUACUAGCGAGGCGCCACAGCCCGAAACGUUUUCUUGUCAGCCACAAUCACAUGACCAUCACCCUCCAUCACAGCAUCCGCCGACCGUACCGUCGCACCAGAACGGGCAAACGAGAAACCCGCCGCCCCCGCCGCCGCACCGUACGCUUCCACCGCUACCGCCGACCACACCGCCGAAGGUCGUGCCGAGUGGAGCCGUUCCGCCAGCAGCGCGGCCACCCCCGAUGCAACCGCCCCCAACCCAUCAGAUCCCAUCCGUUGCGCCACCGUCUUCUAGUGCACCUGCGCCACCACCACCACCGCCACCCCCAAUGGCCGGGCCAGUACCGCCGCCACCGCCACCGAUGAUGAUGCCAUCGGUGAAACCACCGGCACCGGCGAUCCCGGGUGCUGCCACCGGCGGCAGCGGAGACGACACUGGCGGCGAUGCGCGUUCCGCACUGCUCGACAGUAUUCGCAAGGGAACCACACUUAAGAAGGUGGAUCAAAGCACACACAGCACCGGCAGUAGUGGAGAUGCGCGUAACGAUUUGAUGACCGAGAUACAGCAAGGUUUUCAGCUGCGCCCGGUUGCGAACCGUGAGCUGAAUGCGGUUGGCGAGCGGAACAGUGGCGGCGGAGGCAGUGGAGACGUCGGCACGGACGCGCUGGCGGAUGCAUUGCGCCGUGCGCUAGCGGAACGUGGCCGUGUUAUACGCCCGUCGGAUGAAGAUGAUAGCGAUUCGAACUCCAACAAUACCGACUGGGAAGACUAAGUGGUUCCCGACACCCU